UGGAGGACAGUGGGGCAGUUUCAUAACCCCCGUGUAGGAGGAGCUUACUUUUCUGGAAGCUCGGAGGUGCUCAGCAGCCAGGCACACGGGCGGCAGUGCUAGGGACUACAGGAACCUCGGGGAACAGAGACGGAGAGUGAAUGUUCUGCACGGCGCGGUGAGGACAUCCCCGCUGUCAGUGGCACAACAGAAGGACUGCGUGUGCAUUCGUGAAAACACGAAAGUGUAACCCGUGGCUGCUCGGCAAGUGAAGAUCACUGUAACCCACCUGCAUCAGUGCUUUAAAGCCGACACUGAUGUGCACAGUCUACUGGGUCUGUUCGGUCAUUUCCUCCUCUGUGAACGCAGCGUUAAACUAGUGCAACAGUCCGAGUCAACAGCGAGGUCAUUUAUUAUGUUUAUUUGACAACCACGUAUGGGUUGCUUUUUGAGACGGGGAGUACGACAGCGGGAAGAGGUGGGAAAGGGGAGGCCGAACCAGUGGACUCCCAAACUGGAUUGCUGAGUGGAUUGCCCCCCUUGUGCCGAAUCACCCACAGCGAAGCAACGUUUUUGUUUGUUGUUUUUUUGUUUUGUUGUUGUUUUUUUUGGGUGGGAGGGGGGCUGUCGACGAAGGAGGUAGCAACUGGAAUUUAGAAACCGUUCUUUGAAACUCUUUACCGACUACCCCGCUAGGGACGAUACGAGUGGUGUGUUGUCGGUCAUUUCUAUCCAACUCCCAGCUGCUCUGCUCGUGGCCUUCUUUUCCCCCAAUUUUGGAGCAAUCAGAUUUGGGACGCACAUUUUGGGGAUAAUUUUCCCCCCCGCCGGAAUCGGACUAUGGCGGAUGACGACGUUCUCUUUGAAGAUGUGUACGAGCUCUGUGAGGUCAUUGGCAAGGGUCCCUUCAGCGUAGUGAGAAGAUGCAUCAACAGAGAGACGGGGCAGCAGUUUGCUGUCAAAAUUGUGGAUGUGGCCCAGUUCACCUCCAGUCCUGGACUCAGCACAGAGGAUCUGAAGAGGGAGGCCAGCAUCUGUCACAUGCUGAAGCACCCCCACAUUGUGGAACUGCUGGAGACAUACAGCUCAGAUGGGAUGCUUUACAUGGUGUUCGAGUUCAUGGAUGGAGCUGACUUGUGUUUUGAGAUUGUGAAGAGGGCAGAUGCUGGCUUUGUCUACAGCGAAGCAGUGGCUAGUCACUACAUGAGACAGAUCCUCGAGGCUCUACGCUAUUGCCAUGACAACAAUGUCAUCCACCGGGAUGUCAAGCCUCACUGUGUGCUGCUGGCAUCCAAAGAGAACUCUGCUCCAGUGAAGUUGGGGGGCUUUGGAGUAGCCAUUCAGCUUGGAGAGUCGGGACUAGUGGCUGGAGGUCGAGUAGGAACUCCUCACUUCAUGGCACCAGAGGUGGUGAAGAGAGAGCCAUACGGUAAACCUGUGGAUGUGUGGGGCUGUGGAGUCAUCCUCUUCAUCCUCCUCUCAGGGUGUCUGCCUUUCUAUGGCACCAAGGAGCAUCUGUUUGAAGCCAUCUGCAAGGGCAAAUACAAGAUGAACCCCCGGCAGUGGUGCCACAUCUCAGAGAGCGCUAAGGAUCUGGUGAGGCGCAUGCUGAUGCUGGACCCUGCUGAGAGGAUCACUGUCUACGAGGCUCUUAACCACCCCUGGCUCAAGGAGAGGGACCGGUAUGCCUACAAAAUCCACCUGCCAGAGACUGUGGAACAGCUGAGGAAGUUCAACUCCAGGAGGAAGCUCAAGGGGGCUGUUCUGGCUGCAGUGUCCAGUCACAAGUUUAAUUCCUUCUAUGGAGACCCCCCUGAGGAACUCCAAGACUUCUCUGAUGACCCCACUUCUUCAGGACUAUUAGCAGCAGAACGGGCUGUGUCUCAGGUGUUGGACAGUUUAGAGGAGAUCCACGCUUUGACAGAUUGCAGUGAAAAGGAUCUAGAUUUCCUUCACAGUGUUUUCCAAGACCAGCAUCUACACACACUACUCGAUCUCUAUGAUAAGAUCAACACCAAGUCAUCCCCACAGAUCAGAAACCCUACCAGUGAUGCCGUGCAGAGAGCCAAAGAGAGUUCUUCCCAAGAUGAAGCAAGUGGUGCUUUGAAACAUCUGGAAUAUGUACUGGAAGAAAUCUCCUGUUACCCAGAGAACCACGAAGCUAAAGACCUCAGAAGGAUACUGACCCAGCCACAUUUCAUGGCCUUGUUGCAGGCCCACGAUGUAGUUGCCCACGAAGUUUAUAGUGACGAGGCUCUGAGGGUGACCCCUCCACCCCCCUCACCCUACCUGAACGGAGACUCCCCAGAGAGCAACAACGGCGACAUGGACAUGGAGAACAUCACCAGAGUCCGCCUGGUCCAGUUCCAGAAGAACACAGACGAGCCAAUGGGAAUCACACUGAAGAUGAAUGACUCAAACCAUUGCAUCGUUGCAAGGAUAAUGCAUGGGGGAAUGAUCCAUAGACAAGGAACGUUGCAUGUAGGAGAUGAGAUCAGGGAAAUCAAUGGCAUCAGUGUGGCCAACCAGACUGUUGAGCAGCUGCAGAAGAUGCUGAGGGACAUGCGAGGCAGCAUCACAUUCAAAAUAGUGCCAAGUUAUCGGACACAGGGCUCUUCAAGUGAGAAAGAGUCCCCUACAGUCUCCAGGCAGUCCCCUGCCAAUGGCCACUCCAGCAUUAACAGUUCUAUCUUGGACCUGCCAUCCACCAUUCAACCCAAGAGUCGACAGAAUGUAUCCAGACCUCCGGUCAAGGACAGAAUGCCUGUUAAGAUCUAUGUGAGGGCUCAGUUUGAAUAUGACCCCUCCAAAGAUGAACUCAUCCCCUGCAAGGAGGCUGGCAUUUGCUUCCGGGUGGGCGACAUCAUCCAGAUCAUCUCCAAGGAGGACCACAACUGGUGGCAGGGCAAGCUGGAGAACACAAAAAAUGGCACGGCAGGCCUCAUCCCAUCACCAGAGCUGCAGGAGUGGCGAGUGGCAUGUAUAGCCAUGGAGAAGACCAAGCAGGAGCAGCAGGCCAGCUGUACCUGGUUUGGCAAGAGGAAGAAACAGUACAAAGACAAGUACCUGGCAAAGCACAAUGCAGUGUUUGACCAACUAGAUCUCGUCACAUAUGAAGAAGUUGUGAAGCUUCCUGAUUUCAAGAGGAAAACACUAGUUUUGUUGGGUGCCCAUGGAGUGGGCAGAAGACACAUCAAGAACACACUCAUAACCAAACAUCCUGACAGAUUUGCUUACCCAAUCCCACACACAACCAGACCUCCAAAGAAGGAUGAGGAGAAUGGAAAGAACUACUACUUUGUCUCCCAUGACCAGAUGAUGCAGGACAUCAGCAACAAUGAGUACCUGGAGUACGGCAGCCAUGAGGAUGCCAUGUACGGGACGCGGCUUGAGACGAUCAGGAAGAUCCACCAACUUGGACUCAUAGCUAUACUGGACGUGGAGCCUCAGGCCCUGAAGGUCCUGCGUACAGCUGAGUUUGCCCCAUAUGUGGUCUUUAUUGCUGCCCCAACAAUCACACCAGGCAUCAGUGAGGACGAGUCUCUCCAGCGGCUGCAGAAGGAGUCUGAGAUCCUGCAGAAGACGUACACCCACUACUUCGACCAGACCAUCAUCAACAACGAGAUCGACGAGACUAUCAGACACCUGGAGGAGUCCAUCAGUCUGGUGUGCACUUCUAGCCAGUGGGUUCCUGUGUCCUGGGUCUACUGACCUGCAGCUCCAGCCUCCACUGCCUCCUCCUCUCCUCAGCCAAACUUCCACCUUUCUCUCUUCAAAAUAAGAGUAAAUACAUGAAAAACAAUUAACAAAUGGUGAUGGGAAACCCAGUCUACACUACUUUUGAUGGAAAACCCCUUCAGCAAACUGUGAAUGCAGCCUUAGGAUGAACGCUGCUCAAACAAUCUGCAGUUGCCAUUUUUGGACUCUUUCCCUGACAGAUGACACAGACAAUUUGUUGUUUGAAAACAGCAUACAGAAGUGAAUAUUGCCAUGUCUGUCCUAGCUAGGAGACAACAUUUUGUAGAUGUUUGUUUUAAAGAGACAGUACUGUUACCUGUCCUGCAAGCACUCUUCGUCUCCACCACCACCCCUCCCAUCACUGUGUGCUGUGGUACUAAACCAUCUGUAGAAAGAUGCUGUCAGUGGACAUUCUGUCCAUCAGCGGACUGAAGUAAAAGCACACAGACACACAAUGUCUUCUCAUCUAUAGAUCAUGUCACCAUUCUUCAUUGUUGAUUCCUGUUCUUCUCUGUAAUGCUGAGUUACAUUCUCUCAUGACUGUGUCCUGUUGUUGGCCUUCGGCAGAGUCACAGUAUCACACACACAUAUGCACCUUUCUACCUACCUACCUACCAGGUACUGUCUGUUCUAAAUAAACCCAUUAAUGUUUUA